UGAAUCGAGUCUAGAAAAUAGGGCAAGGCUAAGAGCAUACAGUGAUCCCUCCACUUACAAUGGCCUCAACAUACAAUAGUUUCAACAUACAAUUGUCUUUUCUGGACCAUUGCAACUAUAAACCAGACUCAACAUACAAUGUACAGACAGUCCAGAUCUGUGAAACAUCUCAAUGGCUGGAAGAACCGACCAAUCAGAAUGGACAAUUUACUGAAUAGGACAAUGGCUAAAGAGGUUUCUUUUCAAGACAUGAGAUCCAACAAUGAGUCUUUAAGGUGGAAACAGCGAGAUAUGUCCCAAACUCGGUUCUUCAAGGUGGCCUGCAGGACAUUUGGUCCUCCAAAGUCAAGGUCACGCCGAAUCAUUGCUCCUUCCAUGGAAAAAUUAAUAACUGAUAAAACGAAAGAGGAGACCUCUGUGACAUCCACGAAUAUCUUCAGAUCACAAGCUGAUUGGUCGAGAGGAACAGGAGAGCCCGGUCAUGCCGGGAGAAGUAUUUCAGAACAGAUUUUGGAAAGGCAGAAUUUAAGGAUUCAGCUGGACAAUAUGGGGGAUGUAGGAAAGUGGCUGCAAGGCAAACCAGAGUUGACAAAUCUAGAGAGACGUGUACAGACCAAGAUGGAAGAGAGACGGACUGAAAGCCAGCUGUCCAGAGAGAAUACCCAAAAUAUGGAUGAAGAAUACAGUGUAUCAAAGAGUGCAAAACACCGUGUGAUCAACCCCUCCAUCCAGCAACCAAGCCCUGAAGCCCUGGCUAUUCUGGAUUAUUACUUGCACCAAAAGCGAAUUCGCCUUGUAGACAUUUAUAACCAGACAAACAAAAGCAAAAAGAAAGAAAUCUCCAGUCAGGACCUGAAGUCUGUGAGGAAAGAGGCUAACUUACCUAUCAGCGACUUGCAGUUUGAUGAUCUGGUCGUCUCACUCAGCAACAAAUAUCCAAAUAGCAUAAAUUACAAGGAGCUUUCAAAUGGACGGCAUUUAUGGUGGAAGAAGACCAUGCACGAGCGGAAGAAAGGGAUCUCAGUUGACCCAGCUGCUGUAAAAUGCUUUUUGCCACCAAGUGAUGCCCAACAUGAGCCUUCUACUUCUGGAACUCCUGAUAGCCUGAAGGAUUACAAAUGGAGAUCACAUCAAGUCAGCAGUCUACAAAGUGAGAGCAGCAAGUCACAGUUCUUACAGGUGCCCCUGGUCAGUAUGGACGAGAUGAGACCCCUCAGCUAUGAGGACAUGGAGGAGAUUGGAAAGAAUUACAGGGAAAGGAGACGAAGAGCACAGAGCAACACCCGGCUAUUAGAAUGGCUGGAGCAGUGCCGUCUGGUGCGUACUGGUAAUGCGACUGUAGAUGCCCACUCUUUGCCCUCUACCCUGGGAGAGGAGGCAGCUGAGCUGGUGGAGCAGUUCAGAAGACAAGGCCUUCAGCAAUACCACAAGAUCUUAAAACUGUGCAAGACCUAUGGGGUCCCCCUCACUGAGAAGCUGCUAGAACAAGCUUUAUUAUAUCCUGGGGACAAGUUGGUUUGUGAAUCUAAAGAACAUCUGCAGCUCCGUCAGCCCGGGACAGGACUGAGGUCCAAAUAUUCUAUCAAGGGGGAAAAUAAUGGGGCGACAUCUUCUCUAGAGAGAGAAAGAAGGGACAAGAAAUUGAGGAAUUCUUCUGAGACUUGCAGCAGUGGCCCAUAUCCUCCAGAGAAAUAUGUCAAAUGGGUCAAGAGAAAAGUAAGAGGCAAAAAGAAUGCCAGGAUGGAAACACUGAAAUGCUGGACAACAUUUGAGCAAUUUGAAGAAAUGAGUCGAAACCUAAGGCACCGAUUUCCUCACUGCUUCUAUACGUCUGAUGACAACAUGUUUUGGCCAGGGCAGAUUCUGGAGAAACUUUGUAUCUAUCUUCCAAAAUUAUCUGUGACAUCUAAAAGUUGAUUCACAUCAGUGUAACAUGCAUAUUGUGAUAAAAUGGAUUUUCU